GUCAACUAGAAGUACAACCCUGCGUUGUUUUCUGUGGGAACACAUACCUUAGAAAUCCAGUUUGUUGCUGUCCGUGUGUGUAACUGUAACAUCCCCCACCAGGAUGGACCACCUCUGACGGGGAAGAAUGUUUCACCGUCGAUUCCUGCCGGCGCGGACCGCAGCGCCCGAGCUGUUGUUGCUGCUGCUCUUGCCGAUGCUUUUGCUCCGGGGCCUUCCCGGGUGCUGCGGCCUGGCGGCAAGACUUGCGGUUCCCACCCGUUUGAGGAACACGAUAGUCCUCGGCGGCCCUCGGUCCCCCUCCCCCGCACCUCUGUCUCUUCCUCUCAAGCGCCACGGGCGGCGUAGCUGCAGCAGCAGCAGAACCGCGCCGCUGCCGGCCCGGGCGGAGGUCCUGUUCGGGGAAGAAGAAGACCCUUCCGGACCAAAGGGCAUUCUGUCUCGCAAGGCUCCAAGGGUGGUCGCUGCCGCCGCUUCCGCAAUCCUGCUGCUCGGCCUCUCCGCCUGCCUCUCCGCCCGAAUUUCCUCUCUGGUUUCCCCUCUGGCGUCCUCCCUGGCCGCCCUCGGCCCGUCGCUCCUCCGGAGGCUCCCGGCCGCCGCACCGAUCCGCACCAGGCCGCUGGCGCUGGCCCUGGGGAUCGUCCUAACCGCGAGGGCUUUGGCAUUGGCUUUUGGGGCCGGGAGGCGGCGGGCCAGGGACGCCACCUCGGAGUGGCAGCGGUACGCCGAGCACCCCGGGGCACGCGGCCGGGCGAUCCUGGCGAUGGUGGCGAAGCAGUCCCUGUGGAUCGCAACCGCGGCGGUCCUCGGCGGCCUCGGGGCCAGGGCCCGGUCGAAGAGGCUGCGGAGGCACGCGGGGGCGGCCUUUUCGGCGUCGCUCCUGGGGCUCGGCCCGCUCUACGUCAAGCUCGGGCAGAUCGCCUCGUGCCGCAAGGGUUUGCUCGGGGAGGAGUGGAUCGAGGCGCUGGAGGACCUCCAGGACAGGGUCCCCGCCAGGAAGGGCAGCGAGGCACUGGAACUCGCGCACUCGGCCCUCCCGGGCGGGAGGGACGACUUUGACAAGUGCUUUGUCGACUUUGACACGACCCCGCUGGCGGCGGCCUCCCUGGGACAGGUCCACAGGGCGAGGCUGCGCGACACCGGCGAAGAAGUGGCCAUCAAGGUCCAGCGGCCACACCUGAAAAAGAUCUACGACAGGGACCUUGCGCUGCUCACCGCCCUGGCCCGCUCGAUGGACAAGCUGUCCAGCCUGCGCUCGAGGGGUUCCGGGGGGGCCGGGCCGUCGUGGACGCAGAUCUUUGCGGACGCCGAGGCCAUUCUGUACCGGGAGAUCGACUACCGGGACGAGGCAAGCAACGCGGCGCGCUUUGCCUCCGACUUUGGCCUGGGGAUCGGCGGAACCAGCAACGCCACGACCACCGCGCUGGCCCGGAACUCCAAACCGAUGCCCGAGGCCUCGUCUUGGAUCCGGACGCCCCACGUGUACCCCCACCUCUCGAGCGAGCGCCUGCUGGUCCAGGAAUACGUCCCGUCCAUCAAGAUCACGGACGGGCCGGGCCUGGACGCGGCCAACCUCACCGCGGAGGACCGUGCGGGGCUCGCGGACGACCUGGCCCGGGCCUACCUCCGCCAGUUUUGCUGCAACCUCUUUUUUUCCACGGACCCCCAUCCAGGUACGAACGAUAAAAAAAAUGCAACGGAACGGAAUGAAAAGAAACGAAAUGAAACGAAACGUACGGGGAAAUCGAUCGCGAACCACGAAUCACCAUCGGGGGGUUGGGUUGGGUUGGGUUGUGUUGUGUUGUUUUGUGUUGGCGCGGGAACGAUCGAUGCACACUCACGACCGUGCUGUCUUUGCUGUUUUCGUUGACACGCACAGGUAAUCUCGGAGUGGAACUGGUACCGACGGACGGGCACGACGGAACCAACCUUUCGACGUCCACGAGACCAAGAUUGGUCAUGUACGACUUUGGACAGGUCGCGACCCUGACAAAGAGCCAAGCCGACGGCAUUCUAGAAAUCAUCGAAGCCAUUAUUGACACCGACGUGGAACGAUCCAUUGAAGCCUUUCAAAAAAUGGAGGUGCUAGUGGAGGAUGCCGAUCUGGACCAGGUGCGACAGAAGGUUGCCGAAAAUUACCGGUGAGUCGAAACGAUGCCAUGCAUGACUUCAUGGAACGAGACAGACAGGCAGGCAGGUAGCAAGCCAGCCAGUCAGCCAGCGACCAGAAGCAUCUUUGUGCUCCUACUAACCCAGCACUGCAUGCAUUUGUAUUUGGAAUUGGAAUGAAGAACGGGGAAGAUAAAAGCCAACCGAAAAAAACUGCGCCAAAAAGGAUUCACGUUUCGCGACGACGACAACGACGGCGAAUCAGGGCUUCUUUCGGCCAACAAGACGACGGCAGCAGCAGCCGAAUCGCAGGGAGGAUACAGCGAAAGCCAGGUAAUGUCCUCCUUUACGCUGCCAGCAGAAUACGCGUUCGUCGCCCGUGCAAUUUCGCAGAUGGACGGGGUGGGAAAAUCUCUGGAUCCCGACUUUGAUUUCAUUUCGAGUGCCGCGCCCUACAUUGUCGAAAUCAAGGGAACCGAUCUCUACCUCAAGGACGAGGCCACCAAGUUCGCUCGCUCGUGCCAGGAACGACUGGAGAUGCUACGGGAUUUCUGGACAAAGGGCAUUCAAGCGUGGAUCUCGACAUCGACGCAAAAUAAAUAAAUAAAUAGCUAGCGAGACAACCAAAUGCAAGCAAGGUGCGCAACGCAUUUUUUGGUGCUUCUUUGGUGCAACCCGCUGUACAUUUGGUUUGCAUCGGCGGAACGACAGCCUUUGACUGCAACACGCAGGAUUCGAGGCCUCGUGUUUUGAAUGCCCGAUGAUUCGUCCCACUCGUGAUCCGUGUUACACUGUGUAACGACAACAAAAGUGAUACUUGUGA